GUAAUCUUUGACAUAUAUGUGUUUGUAUACAUUCUUUGAGAGUUGUGUUGUCUAUUUAUAAAUAAUUAAGGCUUUGAUUUACACUUUCCCAAAAAGAUAUGACAAUAAUCAUCGUGAAUUGAAAUUUUUAUUUGUAGUCUGAUAUGUGUGUGAACGGUAUUGCUCGUAAUGGAACUUUUCCUAUAGGGAAUUAUUUACGCUGGUGCCUCGUGUCGAGAAGUGCCCACAUAGCAGCGUCCAAGCCGCAGUCGACUGUAGAUGAGAAUGACAUCAAACUCUACAACCAGCUGGUGGACCGGUGGUGGGACGAGAACGGAGAGAUGAAGGCCUUGCACAGCAUGAACGCGUUGAGGGUACCAUUUAUUCGCGAUGGCCUCAUUCAGACCAAUAAGGUGUUGCCCUCGCUCAUUCACACGGGUGAGCCAUUACAGGGCCUCAAGAUUCUUGAAGUGGGCUGCGGUGGUGGCAUUUUAACUGAGCCGCUGGCCCGGCUGGGUGCGGAGGUGACGGGCGUGGACGCGAGCCGGAGCAUGGUCGAGACGGCCGAGCGCCACGCGGCCGGCGACCCGGGCAUCGGGGCCCGCCUGCGCUACGUCCUGGGCACCAUCGAGGCUCACACGUGCGACCACCGGGAGCACUACGACGCGGUCGUGGCCUCCGAGGUCCUGGAGCACGUCCUGCAGAAGGACCUCUUCGUGGAAGCCUGCUCGUCCUCCCUCAAGCCAGGAGGGUCGUUCUUCGUGACGACGCUGAACAGAACGUGGCUGACGUGGGCCGCAGGCAUCCUGCUGGCGGAGUACGUACUGCACUUGCUGCCGAGAGGCACCCACGACUUCAACAAGUGCGUGUCGCCACACGGGGCAGAGGCUCUGCUCGCCAAACAUGGCAAUACCACCAGGCUGAUACAUGGAAUGUGUUACAACUUCGUGACCAACGAAUGGCAUUGGACUAGCAACCUAAGCAUCAACUAUGCCAUCCAUGCAAUUAAGAGUUGAAUAGAGUUGUUAGUACAAGCUUAUCUAUGUGUAAUAUGAGAUGCAGUAACAUUUAUUACUUAAAUGUUUUUAAAUUUGCUGCAAA